GUGUGCCCUUGAUUCCCUGUAUAUAAACCCCAGAAAGCUUACCUGACUCUGACAUUGUAAACACCAUUGCAUCAGAGACAGCAUCAAGAGAGUAGUCGUGAUGGUUCUGACAAGAAUACUACUAUUGGGCGUUAUCGCCGCCGUCUGCUCAUCAACUGUGCCUGAAGAAACUACAUGUAAUCCUAACUGUUGUAGCGCCCCUGCUGGCAUACCGGGUAUACCAGGCACGCAUGGAGAGAGAGGCGUCCCCGGUCGAGACGGUGCUCCUGGCGAGAAAGGUGAAAAGGGAGACUCUGGUGGAAUACCCGGUGAAGUUGGACCUAUAGGACCCAUAGGACCAACCGGUGCUAAUGGUGAGAAAGGUGAUCAAGGUGAAGAAGGCCCAACAGGUGCUACUGGAGCCCCAGGCGCAGUGGGUGCUCCUGGAUCCGACGGUGAGCCCGGAACGAUUGGACUUCCAGGACCAACUGGUCCCAAAGGCGAGAUGGGAGAUCAGAGCAACCAACAGAAGUCAGCAUUCAGUGUCUAUGGUUUGGCCACCUUGACAACAAACCAGCCAGUGAGCCCAAUUAAAUUCAGAUACACCAAUGUUAACAUUGGAUCACACUAUAGCCUAAGUACUGGAAAAUUUGUCUGCAAAAUUCCUGGAACGUACGUCUUCUCAUACGCCGUCACGAAAAAGAGUGGAAAUGUCGAUCUCUUUGUGGAAAUACGCCAUAAUGGAAACGUUGUUAUUAGAUCCUAUGAUAAUAAUCCAAACCACGCUACCAUGAGCAAUACAGUCAUAAGGAAUUUGGCUCUUAACGACGAAGUAUGGGUUCAGCCUACACGAACAACCAGUAAUUCAUUUUAUUACAACUACCAACGCAUGAACUCAUUUUCAGGCUUCCUGCUAUAUGAAUCCUAAACACAUCGAUUCGAGGAAUAAAAGCAACAUUACAUAUACAGCACACCAGUAGUGGACACUGUCAUUUUCCACCCUACUUUAAUAACUACUAACAUUGCUAAUAAUAUAGUAUGCUUGCCAAAUAAAAAUAUUACCGAAAUUACGACCACGCGUUUCUGUUCCCUCUUCAUAUACCAAUAGUAAAUUCUACAUCAAAAAUAAUAAUAAAAAAGUCAUUAGGAGUAAAUAUGUUAUUAUCACAUUCGAGAUAGAGUAGGCCUACACGUAAUAUGAACGAAAAUAAUAACUUUUUAUAGCAUGGUAUAUGCUAUUGAAACUUAGCCCAGUAUUAAUAAUAUUAAAGAUUUCACCUCACAGUGGACCGACGUCUGAAAGUAACGUACAAAUGUACGUCGUUAUUAAAGCUUGCACGCACACGUGGGCCUAAAUAAAAUGUACGAACAAUGUGUAACGUUAAUAAUAUUAAUAAAAUAAAUUCUUUUGAAUUAUAUUUGCACUGCAAUAA